AUGAAUAGUCAUUUAUUAACGGACAAUAACGAACCAAAUCAUCAUGAUGAUUCAUUGUCAAAUGAUCAAUCUAAACAUUUGCGUUUAUCCAGUCGAUCUUCCUCCGCCAAAGAAUAUUCAUUUAUUCCUGUAGAAAGCACAUCCAUUGACGAUCUGCAAAUUCCACCAGUAGUGUCAAAUUCCAUGAAUUUUUCAUACCAUAAAGACAUGGCAUCACAUAGUCGACAAACAAAUAGUUUUGUAUUAUUUCGAUUAAAUCAGCAACAAAUUGAAGUCGAACGGACAAUUUCAUUAAUUGGAAAGAAUGAUUAUCUUACGGACUGUUCAAAAAUCAUAUGA